UUGGUCAGUUCCACCUGCGUGGACCUUUGUGACUGACAGAACUUUCUGUCUUUACAUAAACACGACGCAGCAUAUCAGAGUCUGAACCUCACCUGUCUCACCUGAGUCGUCUUUAAAGUGCUGAGUGAGCUGCCACACUUCAUCUGACCUCACACAGAUCUACGUUAACUUCAUCCACAGACACUAACAUCAGAGUUAUCGUGUUCAGAGAAGUCACACAAUGACACAAACUGAGCAGUACACGUGUGCUGUGAGGUCGGAGAGAUUGAUUUAAAGGUUUGAGGUGACAAAACCACCUGAUGCUGCAGCUUAAUCUGGUCACCUGGGACUGAAAACACACACACACCAACACACACCAACACACACACAUGCAUUCACGGACAGCCAACAUGGCGUCAGACCCGCCCAUCCUGACGGAGCAGGAGGAGCUGCAGAGGAGAGCCAAUCACGUCACAGAUGAGUCUCUGGAGAGCACGAGGAGGAUGAUGCAGAUGAUGGAGGCGAGUAAAGAUGCUGGGAUCAGAGCUUUGGUCAUGCUGGAUGAACAAGGAGAGCAGUUGGAGCACAUAGAGGAGGGUUUGGAUCAGAUCAACUCUGAUAUGAAGGAGGCAGAGAAAAACCUGACCGACCUGGGCAAAUGCUGCGGCCUCUGCUCCUGUGAUAAACUGAAGGCCUUUGAGGAGAGCGGUGCAUACAAGGCCAUCUGGGGAGGCACCGCCGGUCAGGACGGCAUUGUUUCCAAUCAGCCGCCAUCGUCUCGCGUUGUGGACGAGCGGGAGAUCAUGAUCAUGAGCGGAGGAUACAUACAAAGGGUGACCAACGACGCCCGAGAGGACGAGAUGGAGGAGAACCUGGCUCACGUCGGCAGCAUCAUCGGAAACCUGAAGAGUAUGGCGCUGGACGUGGGGAAUGAGUUGGACACGCAGAAUGACCAGAUCGCACGCAUAGGGGGAAAGGCUAACCUCAACGUGUCGCGCAUCGACGCCGCCAACCAGAAAGCCAACAACCUCAUGAAGCGAUAGAAGGAAAACGCUUUAACACUCGCCGCCGUUAGUCUCUGCUUGAGGUCACUUCCUGUUUAUACUUGUGAUAUUCUGAUUGUUAUCGUUUCACACGCACAGGCCUUUUUUUUUUUGUUUUGUUAAUUUGCAUUUGACACCCUCUGCGGUCACUCAGCACAGAAAGCAAACUGGGUCACUGACAGCAGCACCGACCUCCACCACCACCUCCACCACCACCAACAGCAGCAACAGCAGCAGGGAGCACUGUCACACCAAUGCACGAACCGAGAAUUUAUCGUGGGUUCGUUUGGCUUGUUGCACCUUUUAAACCACCGGGACAAAUAUGCAGAUCACAUGAGCUAAUUCUUAAAUUUUCAAACGUAAACAUGAGUGUGUACCACACACACACACACACACACCUCAUACAGAAAGGGGGCAAACACGUGCAGGGCAGCGCCCUCUGCAGGCGGAUGCGGGUAUCGCACCAAAUAAGGAAACACGUAUUUGUGUCCAGAGGCGCAGCUCUGGCGACACCAAGCGGCCAAACGUGGAACCUGCUCCCCCUUCAUGCUGCCAUCAUCUUGUCUUCUUUUGCAUGUUUUUAUAUAAAAAUUACGAUUUAUUUAUUAUAAUUAAAAUAGGGAGGGGAGUCUGAUUAUCUGAAAUCACAUGAAUCUUGUUUUUUGUGUGUGUUAGAUCAGCUGGUGACCUUAAAGAGGCCGCUGCUCAGUAUAUUGAUGUCUGGUUGUGUUUACAUGCUGAAAUAUGAAUAAAAAACGUAUAAAAACA